AUGAGCUUCGCAUCGCCCACGCGUCAACCUCAUCCUCAAAGCUCCACCAGCAAGUCCUCGCCCGUCGGCGUCGGCAUGUGGACCGAAGAGGAGCACGCGCGUUUCCUCGAUGGGGUCAAACUCUUUUCGAGUGGUCCCUGGAAACGCGUCGCGGCUUACGUCGGCACGCGCAACGUGCGCCAGACCAUGACGCACGCCCAAAAGUACCGUCUCAAAGCUGCACGGCGACUCCGUGAGGCACAGCGGAAGCAAGCGGCGGCUCGAUAUCGACUGCGGGCUGUCCACCUCAACCGAACGAUCGAGUCUUCACCUGGGCGACGACCGCCGCAGGACCUGUCGUUGAGCAAGGGGUCAGGCCUCGGGUCGUUGUCAAAGAUGCGGUUGCCUUGCAGCUGCCUCGAGAAGCACUGCUUGCACACGACGGACGAGAGCAAAGUCUACAUGUCCAUUGCCGACGCUGUCGAGAUCCUCGACUCGAAGGCCUCGCAUUUCACAGGCUCCCCCGUCUCAACAGACGACGCGUUGAGCAACCCAUGGCUGGACAUGGGCAAGCUGGACCCGGUCGUGAGUCUCGAGGCCUUCGGCAGCGACGACCUCGUUCCUCUCGACUCGACCGUGAAAGAGUCGGUGGCGUUUCCCACGCUCGAGGACUGUGCGAGCGAACUACUCGAGUUGCUGUUCUGA